UCCCCCGCUUCUACCGUUUAUAGACCCGUCCCCCCUUCUACCUUCCUACACCACCUAUCUCCUUCCUCUUUUGCAAUUCUUCGCUGUAUAUCUUUUCCUCUUCCCCUUCGUAUCUCAUUUGCGAUUAUUGCUUCUUAGAGAGCUCUCCGUAGAUCUCUCCCUCUUUUACUUUGCUACCACAAUUUGCAAUCUUGGCCAUUUUCUUGUAGAGCGGUGUAUUGAUUUCUUAAGGAUCCUUCAAUUCCGUGGUUUAUGCACGCCAUUGGAAGCUACUCUGUUGUUUGUGUUGUCCAAAACCAUCUCGUCGUCGCAGAAGCCAUGUCCACGCUCGGGAGCGGCGGCUCUAGCCCGCCGCCGCCGGCGGCGGCGGCGGCGGCGGCGGCGGACACCAGCAGCCACUGGGUGCCGCACGGCUCCACUCUGAUAGCCUUCGUCGUGGGCAUCAACGUGCUCAUCAUCCUCCUCAUCUUCUUUCUAUUCUGGAAGUUCUUCUCUGGGAAAGAGGGACCAUCCAACUCCGCCGGCGCCGACGCCGGCGACGACGAGGACGACUCGCUGCCCGUGGCCUCCCCGUGGGCGUCCCGUUGGCGGCACGAGGACGACAGCCUCGGUGCGCUGCCGCUGGAAGACGUGGCGUCAGCCCUGCCCGUGUACAUCUACUCCAGCCCCGGCGCCGGCGACGACGGAGGGAAGCUACAGGUGGACGAGUGCGCAGUGUGCAUCGUGGAGCUCCGCGACGGCGACUCGGCGCGCAUGCUCCCACGGUGCGGCCACCGAUUCCACGCCGACUGCGUGGGCGCGUGGCUGCGGCUCCACGUCACGUGCCCGCUCUGCCGCGCACGCGUCGUCGCCCCCGCUGCCACGGCCGCCAUCGACGGCGAGCCCAGGAACGCCAAGGACGUCGCCGCGGGUUGCCCCGUGUGAGGCGCGCUCCGACAACCGACGCCCAGGCCGGCCAGCUCGCGUGCUCUGGCGGUGGCGAGCAAGCAAGUGGAUCAUCACCACGUAAAUGGCGGAAGGUGACAGGCAUCUUUCAGCGUCGUCGGCGUCCUUGUCGCUUACUAGACUGCAUGCUCAAGGUGACCAGCUGGAAAAUGUUCCUUCGUCUUGUUCUGUUGCGUUCUUAAUCACCAUGUAUAUUUCUGGAUGGUUUUGGGAUUAGAUAUAUCGAGUCUUCUUCUAUGUGUAUGUGAGAUGUGCAUGAUUUAACUUUUGUAAAGAUAGUAUGGUCGAUUUGCUUGUUGAAUUUGGCAUAGCAUUAUGUGCCGGACAGAAUUACCAGUUCUAAUCGAGCGUUUUAAAUUAGUAAUAGCCUGUUUGGUUUGAGAGAAGUGGGACAAUUAUGUAUCAUCCGAUCCCGUUGAAAUUAUUGAAUA